CCCUCCUACCCUAAUCCUGAACACUUCACAGAGAAACAAUUUUUUCUGCUGAUAAACUUUGCUAAAGAAGGGGUGCGAGAAUGAGUUGCUUGAUGAAUUUCUUGCAAAAGAAAAGAGAUAGGAUUGCAGCAUCACCUGAUACAGGAACCAUGGAGUGUCUUCCGUCAGAAAUCGUAUUAGACAUACUUUCUCGACUACCAGUGAAGUCUGUUUUGGAUUGCAAAUUAGUUUGCAAAAAGUUGCUAAAUCUCCUAGUUCAUCAAUGGGAUCAAUUUGCUGAGAUGCACUAUCGACGCCAAUUACUACAACUUGCUGCUAGUUCUGGUGCUGCUUCUUCUUCAACAGGUCUUCUUUUCUCCUUUGAAAAGUCAGAAAAAGAUAAAACAGCAGAAUCACGAGGAGGUGCACGACUUUAUUAUGGUGACAAGUAUAAUAGUGAGAUGAAUAUUCAUGAGAAUUUCUAUUACAAGACACUUCAAAAAACCAGCGUCCGCUUUCCUCCUACGGCUGACUUGGAUGGCAUAGUUGGUUCAUGCAAUGGACUUAUUUGUCUUAACAGAUAUCACCAUGGAAUUCCUGAUCCUAUCCACAUAUGCAAUCCCAACACUGGGGAAUAUGUCAAUCUUCCUGAAUACACCCUGCAUGAAGAAGGAUAUGCCACUGCUUAUGGUUUUGGGUAUGUCCAUUCACCGACUAAUGAUCAAUACAAAGUUGUUAGGAUAUACUACCCGGAUGAUUAUGAUAAAGGAGAAGUUCAGGUAUACACAAUUGGCAGUGGCAGUGGGUGGAGAACCAUAUGUGAAACCUCCUACCUGUUGUUUAUGUCAAGCCCGCUGGGAAUCUUUGUAAAUGGAGCUCUUCACUGGAUUGAUGAUCAAAACAAGAAGAUUGUGGCUUUCAACUUGGCAGAUGAAGAAUUUCGAUUAAUCCGGCCACCACCUUGCUAUGAGGCUACGGAUUACUGUUUUAAUAUCCUGCAGGCAUUGAGAGGGAAUUUGUGCAUUUGUCAUCAAAGGAACGAAGAACAUCUUCUAGAUAUAUGGACUCUGAAGCAAAACGCAACAGAGGCGAGUUGGAGUAGGGACUUCAGUAUAGCAUACGACUCGGCUAAGGAAAUGAAUAGAGAUGAAUUUCCUGUUAUACCGUUAUUAAUCACAAAGAAGAAUGAAUUCAUCUUUGUGCACCAAGGUUCAAAGCUUUAUUGUUAUGACCCAAAAUCAACUACGGUGAUAAACCUUUGGGAUGAAGAGAAAUGGAAGUCAAUGGGGCUUAUGACAUUCCCCGAACUUUGGGAUGAUGACAAGUGGGAUUUAACGGGGCUUACUGCAUUCCCCCACAUGAACAGCUUUGUUUCAUUGAAGGCUCUAGGAGAGAGGUCUGAAAGUAAGAAGAAAUUGGGAGAGACAAGCCUUGAAGAGACUGCAGAUUAAUCAGUUUGAUGGAGCUAUUCUUGUACAAUCGACCAACUUGAGCUUCCAUUUUUUUUUUUUUAAUGUUUUAAUUGUUUGGCAUAAAUUGGUAGCGGGAGGCAAUCCCCUACGCCCUACUUAUUGCUUGCAGUAUAAGUAGAAAAGGGAUGGGUAUGCCGCUCUUCAUAGUGGAACCUCUUUCUGUUUUCCUAUUUUUCGUUCUAGUAGAGUAUUAUUUCGAUGUUU